AUGUUGACCGCGGGCCGGUCUUUGACUUCCUGGAUAUACCUUGCCUCGAUCAUUCUGGCUCUUUGCCCCAACGCACUCUCCAAUGCGACUGGCCAGCCACCCUCCAACACUGCGCAGGGUGCCCUUUCCACGACACUAGUGACAAGAUGUCCGGCGAAGAGUAUCCGGCAAACAGAGGCAGAGCUCUUUCACCUGCCACCAUGUCUAGAGACGCGCUGGGGACCGGGUCGCGAUAUGUACCUUGCUUCGACAUCACCCGAUCCAAGUGCGGCAGCCAACGACCCGGUCAUUGAUAGAUCUGGUGUCUCGAGCGGGACCACAGAAGAUACAGCUCGAACGACCGUAGACCAGAACGCAGAGCAGGACCAAGAUACAGACUCGCUAUUAGACAGUGCUAGUUUCCUCUCAUUUGAGGACUGGAAGAAACAGAACCUAGCGAAGGUCGGGCAAUCAGCUGAGAAUGUUGGAGGUGGCAGACGUGCCGCGACGGUUGGAAAGGAAGACCGUCGGCAGCCGGCGGGAAUCAAUAACGCUUUGGAUUCCCUCGGCGACGAUUCAGAGAUCGAGUUGGACUUUGGCGGAUUCGGUGCUGAGACGCCCGAGGCUAGUCCUACCGCUUGGGGCUCGCAUAUCCCGUCAGGCGAGGCCAGGCAGGCAGGGGGCGCGGAUAUGAGAGGCAAUGUGGAUGUUCACGGGCAAGGUGCGCUCCAGAGGGAUGCGUCGCGCCGUAAGGAUGCCGGCACUACUUGCAAGGAGCGGUUCAACUAUGCUUCCUUUGACUGCGCGGCAACGGUACUGAAGACGAAUCCUGAAUGCAAGGGCUCCUCUUCUGUACUCAUCGAGAACAAGGACAGCUAUAUGCUCAAUGAGUGUCGCGCUCAGAACAAAUUUCUCAUCCUGGAACUGUGCGAUGAUAUUUUGGUUGACACGGUUGUCCUUGCCAACUAUGAGUUCUUCAGCUCUAUCUUCCACACAUUCCGGGUUAGUGUCUCGGAUCGGUAUCCCGCGAAACCAGACCAAUGGAAAGAACUUGGGAUCUACGAGGCACGCAACACUCGUGAGGUGCAAGCUUUCGCAGUAGAAAACUCGCUGAUUUGGGCUCGAUAUCUUCGAGUUGAGUUCCUUACGCAUUAUGGGCAUGAGUUCUUUUGCCCGGUAAGCUUAAUUCGGGUGCAUGGUACCACCAUGAUGGAAGAAUACAAGCAUGGCGAGAGCUCUGAUCGCGCUGAGGUUGAGGAGUUAGAGGCCAGUGAAGCCAAUCAACUGCUCGAAGAACUGGAAAUUAAGCCUGUCGAGGUGCUAAUCGAGAAAUUCAUUCCUGCGGUGGAAUCUAGCCUUACAGAGGGUGAGAUCUGUCCAAGCCCUCUAUCAGAGGCCGCAUCCCCUUUUGCGAAACAUAACGAUACGGAUAUCUGCGACAUCAAUGAUGGGCUGUCUGCUACUACAAUUCCGUCGACGUCAGGCACAACGGAUCAGACCUAUCCACCACCAAAACAGAACUCUACUGCUGCUGUCGGAGGUAGUCCCUCCGCCACCCACGCUGGACCACCCGCUCCUCCAAAAGCCGAGGAUACCCGGAAGCAGGGUGAGCCUGCCAAAUAUGCCGUGACUGCCCCGGAUGCUUCUAGCGUAUCUCCGGAGUCCGCUCAUGACAAUGCCACAUCCGAGGCCAUCGGGAAAGCCACUACCAAUGCCAAGGAAGAGCAUAACAGUCCUCCCCCAGAGUCUACGAGGCCUACAAACACUCAACCGCCAUCUGCAAACCCCACAACCCAAGAAUCCUUCUACAAAUCCGUCCACAAGCGGCUCCAGAUGCUUGAGUCGAACUCAACCUUGUCUCUUCUCUACAUCGAAGAACAAUCCCGCAUCUUGCGUGAUGCGUUCAACAAGGUCGAGAAGCGGCAGCUAGCAAAGACAUCUACCUUCCUUGAAAACCUCAACGUAACUGUUCUCACUGGAUUAAAAGAAUUCCGCGAUCAGUAUGACCACAUCUGGAAGUCCGUUGCUCUUGAAUUUGAGCACCAGCGCAUGCAGUACCAUCAAGAAGUCCACUCCCUAAGUGGCCAGCUCGGAGUCCUCGCAGACGAACUAGUUUUCCAGAAGAGAGUCACCGUGAUCCAGAGUAUCAUGGUCCUUUGCUGCUUUGCCCUCGCCCUGUUCUCACGGGGAUCGGGAAGCAGCUACAUGGAAUUCCCUGCGGUCCAAAGAAUGGUCGCUCGGUCCUCUAGUCUGCGGUCUUCAUCUCCAAUUUUUGCCUCUCCGUCGGCUAGCCCGGGGUCGACACGCCCAACUCCGUCCUCAUACCGCGGGAACAGUGGCCAUGUUAGGAAUCUGUCUGACUCGUCUAACCAAGAUAGCGCUGCUAGUCCGACCGCGGCCUACUCCCCGCUGACUCCUACGUCCUCUUCUCUAGAAAGAGAUGUUGAGGAUACGGACAAGGUAGAAGAACCUGCGUCUCCCGGGCCCAUGUCUGUGCCUACUCUGGCAACACCACAACCCCGUUCUCAGAGUACGCCGCCUGUAUUGAACGGGCGCCCCGUUGACCUGGAUAUGACUACACCGGCUAAUGUUGACCUGGUAACCAACCCCAACAAUCCAUGGUCACCGGAGCUGUGA